UUUUCAUUCGAAGUUUGCGAAUUCAGAGAAGUGAAUGAACUUGAACUGUUUAGUUAUGCAUCCCCCACAAAAUCCAAACAAGUUGGACGCCGAGGAUAGCCUGGAUCAGGCUAUAGACAACAUCGAAGACUCAAACGAGGCCAAUCUCUAUAAGCUUAUCGAGCUGGAGGAGCAGAAUGUGGCCUGGGAGAAACAUCUUGCGGAACUCCAAAUUAUGAUCAGGCAGGUGAUGGAAAAGCUCGACAGGAGUUUGGUCAAACAGGAGGCGCUGGUGGCGAAAAUGCAGAAGCUGAAGAAUCAGAAAGAUCAGGAGGGUCAAUAAUUAUUGUACCGGAGGCGUGCUUUUGGCGUUAAUUUUGAUUUCAUUUAUAAAUACAUAUGUAAAAUAUAGGUAUCAC